AUGGCAUCAGUUCCUCUACAUCUCUCUCUCUCCCGGAUCCAUGCCCGACAACCCAUACCCGACUCGAUUAAGCUCUCCUCCUCACAAAUCAUGGAUCCCCAAAUUCCGCCGAAAAGAGUAAUCGUCUGCGGCGGCGGAAUCAUCGGCGUCUGCGCCGCCUACUUCCUAUCCAAAAAAGGUGCCGCCGUCACGGUCGUCGAGCAAUCCUCAAUCGCCUGCGCCGCCUCCGGCAAGGCCGGCGGAUUCCUUGCCCUCGACUGGUGCGAUGGUGGCCCGGUGUCCUCCCUCGCACGCGCCAGCUUCAAUCUCCACCGCUCACUGGCCGAAGAGCUAAACGGCGCGGAAUCGUACGGAUAUCGCCACCUCUCCACCCUCAGCCUAUCAAUCGCCGAAACGACGUCGGUCCGAUCGAAGAGGCCCGCACCAAUUGUACCGUCCUGGGUCGACGGGGCGGCGAAAAGCCCUAAAAUUAUCGGGACGACGGAGACUACGGCGCAGGUGCAUCCGCAGCUCUUCACUAAGACGCUGCUGGAGAAGGCCGUGGAGGAUUACGGAGUGGAGGUGGUUAUUGGGAGAGUAGAGAGCGUAGAGGCGGCGGGAGGAGCGGCGGAGGCGGUGGCUCUGGCGGAUGGGCGGCGGAUUGAGGGCGAUGCGGUGGUUUUGGCGCUUGGGCCGUGGAGUGGAAAGUUUGGAAUUUUGAAGUCCGUAUUUAGGGUUACUGGGCUUAAAGCCCAUAGCAUUGUGAUGGAGCCCCGAGAUCCUUCUGCAAUUUCGGCCCAUGCAUUGUUUCUCAGUUACUAUUCGGCCCAAGGUGGAAAGCCCAUGGACCCUGAGGUGUAUCCUCGGCCCACAGGGGAAGUGUACAUAUGUGGGAUGUCAGCAGAGGCAGAGGUACCGGAUGAGGUGGAGCAGAUAACUGCAGUGCCGGAAUCUAUUGCGGUUCUCAAGACGGUGGCUGGGAGUGUGUCGAGCCAGUUAUCGGAAGGUGAAGCCACGGUGAAGGCGGAACAGGCGUGCAUCUUGCCCUGCACCGAUGACAGUGUGCCUGUCAUCGGGGAAGUUCCAACCCUCAAGGGAUGUUACGUGGCGACAGGCCACAGCUGUUGGGGCAUUCUCAACGGCCCAGCCACGGGCGCCGCCAUGGCCGAGCUUGUCUUAGAUGGCCGUGCAGCUAUCGUUGAUCUCGCACCGUUUAGUCCUCUAAGGUUUCUUUCCACAUGA